AUGAUCCCCCGUCUCGCCGGGAUAACACGCUCCCUCUCACAGGCCGCCAGGAUGUCCACUGCAACCGCACAGACCAGCAAGCCCUUUCUGCUCUACACCGCAGGCACGCCCAACGGCAGGAAGGUCUCCAUCCUCCUGGAGGAGCUCAAGACGCAGUACGGGAUCGACUACGACGUCGAGAAGAUAGACAUCUCGAAGAACGUCCAGAAGGAGCCAUGGUUCAUCACGCUCAACCCGAACGGCCGCAUCCCCGUCCUCGUCGACCGCCAGCGCGGGGACUUCCCCGUCUUCGAGACCGCCGCGAUCCUCCUCUACCUCGAGCAGCACUACGACACGCAGCUGAAGUUCUCCUUUGACCCCGCGACGAGCCCGAACGACUACAGCGAGAUGCUGCAGUGGAUCUUCUUCACGCAUGGAGGUAUUGGGCCGAUGCAAGGACAAGCAAACCACUUCGUCCGCUUCGCCCCGGAAGACAUCCCCUACGCAAAGAAACGCUACCUCGACGAGACGAAGCGGCUCUACGGUGUGUUGAACAUCCGCCUCAACGGGCGCGAGUGGCUCGCGGGGCCCGACCGCGGCAAGUACUCCAUUGCCGACAUCAAUGCGUUUCCAUGGGUGAACGGACAUACAUUCUGCGGGAUCGAGAGCAUGGACGAGUGGCCCCACGUCAAGGCAUGGCUGGAGAGGCAGAGCGAGCGACCGGCGGUCAAGGCGGGGACGGCCAUUCCUUGA